AUUCUCUGGUUUGUCUUCAUUCAGUGUGAGGCAAAAUAGCAGUAGAAUUACAAAACUCGUAAUUUUGAUUUGGAGAGCUUUUGAAAAUCUCUUAGAAAUAGCAAAUUGAAAACUGAAGGGAAAGUUAUCAUGGCUGGUUUACUGAGUAUCACGGGAAAGGUGCUGCUUAUACAUGUGGUGUGUCUGAUACAAAGUCUGACGGCUGAAGAACUCAUCUGCGAUCCUACGAAAAUCGUAUUCAAAGGCUUCAACGUAGACCAGUACUUGGGAGUGUGGCAUGAAAUCUACCAUUAUCCUCCAAAACACCAGGAGCGCUACUUGUGCUUCAUUGACGAUUAUAAGAAGUCUCCUUCAGGCGACAUAAACAUAACCUCAACAGUCUAUGACAAAACUGAAAAGAAACGGGUCACUUUGACUGGUACAGUGCACGUUUCUCUCAACAUUCUCGAACUUAUAUUCGACAAUCACAGGGAAUGGUCUACACAGUAUUUCCUUCUCGGUACGGACUAUACGGGAUACUCUAUAAUCGCUGGUUGCCCGGAUAUAGAGUCCAAGAAACCCAAUGCAUAUGUGUUGUUCCGAAGUCAGAAUCCUUCAGAAAGCGUAAAGAAAGCCGCCGACGAGACGCUGAAAACUUACAAUUUGAGCCUCAAUGACUUCCACAAGGAAUGCUAAUAGUUCAACGUGCUUCACAGCAGCGGCGCUCCGACCCUUUCAUAAACAAGCAGCCCGAGGAAAUGAAGUUGUUUAUCAUACAUUUUGUUAAAUAUACUGCACUCUUGCACUGAUAAAAUUUGCACUUUACAUGUCUGAUAAACAAUCCUGUUCACAGAAGAAAUCAUCUUUCUAUAUGGUUAGAAGUCAGGAUUUUGCUCUUUAUACUCGUAUCUAUCAUUUGCUGUACUUCUGUUGUUAUAAUAAAUAUCUUGGAUCCUAAAUAAGAUUA